GUGUUCAAGGAGGAGCUAGGAGAGAGUGAAGUGGAGGAUAUUGAGGAAGAGUGUGGUCUGCGAUGGCGACCGCCAUUAAUGAGGUGAAGACCGGAAUCAGUUUCCAGAAGGUUCCCGCCAAGCCACCGCACAAUUGUAUGCCAACCGCCGUUGGUAUCUCUCAACUCCUCUCUCCCUCACCGUUCGCAUUUCCGCCGCCGAUUCCUCCAAAUCUACCACUCGAUUUUUUGCCUCGAAGAUCGAGCGAGCAUCAAUGGCGGAGAAUCAGAAGCUCCAGGCGCAACUAGAAAUCAAAUCCAUUCAACCGUCGUCGGCGGCGUCGCAACCGCGAACCUCAACCGAUUUCACGGCGGAGGAACUGGUCAAGGAGCAGCAGAGGAUUCCUUUCCCGUUCUUCAGGCCACUGUCUCGGAGGAAGGAGAACACUUGGGUAAUUUCUGUGUUCUUUAUUCUCCACUUCAUUGCCUUCGCCGCUACGAUGUUUGUCAAUGAUUGCUGGGGGAAUUCGCACGGACAGUGCGAGUUCAAACAGCUCGGGAAGUUCUCGUUCCAGCCGAUCGCCGAGAAUCCUCUGCUCGGACCCUCUGCUUCUGCGCUCGACGCAAUGGGAGCUCUUCGUCAGAGAUAUCUGAUAAAAGAUAAUCAAUAUUGGCGACUUUUCGCGAGUCCUUGCUUGCAUGCCGGGGUUUUCCAUAUCAUCAUCAACCUUUCCAGUGUGGUUUUUGUUGGAGUUCACAUGGAGCAAGAGUUUGGUUCAUUAAGGAUUGGAAUUAUUUACAUACUCUCGGCUCUUACCGGUAGUUCUGUGGCUGCUCUGUUUCUCCAAGAUAGGCCAUCAGUUGCUUCCUCUGGCGCACUGUUCGGGUUGCUCGGCGCCACACUAUCCGGGCUUAUCUGGAAUUGGAAAGUAUACACCCGAAAAAUGGCGACUCUCGUUGCAUUCUUCAUCAUCUUGGUGAUGAACACCAUCCUUGGUCUGAUGCCUUAUGUAAACAAUUUUUCAAAUGUCGGAGGAUUUAUUUCUGGAAUCCUUAUUGGUUUUGUGAUCCUGUUCAAGCCGCAAGCCGGGCAAAUAUACCAAGCAAAAGGAGGUAUUUUCGAUUAUGACAUCAAGCAUUCUGUGAAACUCAAGCAGAAAUUGGACAAACCAGUUGUUAGAAGUGUCUCUCUUUUACUCUUCAUGCUUUUAUUUAUUGGAGUUGGUGUGGCAAUUCUUCAGAGCAUAAACAUGAACAAAUACUGUAGCUGGUGCCAUUACAUCAAUUGUGUUCCCUUCAAAUGGUGGAGCUGCAACAAUAAAAGCAUGAAUUGUGAGACGAUGAUAAGCUUGGAGAAGAUGACUAUGACUUGUUCCAGCACCGGAAACUACAAAGUCUUCCCCUUCACCAAUGUCACACAAGCUAGGCUCGAGGACCUCUGCAAUCUCGUGUGCUUGUAAAUACUCAGGUGAUUCGCCGCGCCUCGCAGACUCACUCAAUCACCGUAAAGCUAUACAACAAAUCUAUCGGUAUGGUAUUAUAAUACGAUCGAAGAAAAACUGGUACGAUCAUCAUUCUUUCAAGCAUUAGGAACAUAUGAUUCCACCCCACGAAUCGUCGUCUGGUUAUUUUAGAGCCCUCUGUGCGCAGUUUCGUCAACUUUCUUCUCUUCUGCAAA